AUGGCAUCGCAGGAGCUCAAACACAGAACUAAACCAGAAGAACAAGAAGGAGAAACUAAGGAAAUCGACGCCUCUUCCGCUGCGGAUAUGAAUAAUAACGGCAAACCUAGACGCCAGAAAAAAAGGGGCAUGGCCAGCCGCGGGCUCCGAUCAUUGGCACUUGCACUUUCGUUCCCAAUUUUGUUAACGAUAAUGGAUAUUUACCUGUUCGGAUCGAGCAAUCGGUACCGGAACAUCGAAAAGCCCUUCUAUUUCCCUCCUCUUUGGGCCUUGCACUUGACCUGUUUGGCUGCUGCUUUUCUCUCGGGCCUGUCCUCUUGGCUUGUUUGGGCCGAUGGUUGGUUUCACAAGCAGCCCAGUGCUUUGCUUCUCUAUUUGGGGCAGCUUGGGCUGAGUUUGGGGUGGUACCCGAUUGUAUUUGGAGCAGGAGCAACUCGGGUCGGGUUGGUGAUGUGUACGGCCUUAUUCGGGGCUAUGGUUGGGUGUUCUCCUUUCUCAAUCGGUUUCUUUUGCGCUCUAAAGAAAAUGCUUCCUCUUUCUUUACUCAAGACCGCUCAAGGUCACCCCAUGUUGGUGGAGCUGAAAAAUGGGGAGACUUACAAUGGGCAUUUGGUUAACUGCGACACUUGGAUGAACAUUCAUCUGCGUGAAGUUAUAUGUACAUCUAAGGAUGGAGAUAGGUUUUGGCGAAUGCCUGAGUGCUACAUUCGGGGAAAUACAAUUAAGUAUCUUAGAGUUCCAGAUGAGGUAAUUGACAAAGUUCAAGAAGAGAAGAGUCGUUCUGAUAGGAGGCCACCUGGAGUAGGCCGUGGAAGAGGAAGAGGUAGAGAGGAUAGCUCUAAAGCAAAAGGCAUUGGUCGCGGUUUGGAUGAUGGAGCUGCUAAAAACACAGGAGGAGGUCGGGGCAGAGGUGGAAACAAAGUGGCAGGUGGAGGGCGAGGUCGAUGA